ACCAAAACCUCCUCUCUCUCUCUCCCUCUACUGCAUAAGUUAACUGAACCAGAAUUUUUUUUCCCAAUAUACAAAUUAUUUAGAAAAAACCCUCACUAAAAAUAAGCAAAAAAAUGGGGAAGCCUUGUCGAAUUCCAUCAAAUGCAAGCAAAAAUCCAAGAAUUGAGAGGAAAAUCAUUGAGAAAAAUAGAAGAAAUAAAAUGAAGAAUCUCUAUUCCCAGCUCGUUUCUCACCUUCCACCUCAGCCCUCCUCGCUAGUGGAAGGGGCGCCAUUGCCGGAUCAAAUAGACCAAGUUGUGGAGCAUAUAAAAAACAUGAAGACGAAGCUGGAGAAGUUGAGGCAAAAAAAGGAUUUUUUAUUGCAGAGAAAUAAGCAGCCAAUUAAUAAUAACUCAUGCAUUACAAAUACACAAAAUGAGGGCAAAAAUUUGAUAUCAUCACCUCUUGUUGAAGUUCAAGAUAUGGGGCCAAAUCUUGAUGUCGUCUUAGCAAAAAACCUUCAAAACUUCUCGAGUUUUCGCGAUAUCAUAAGCUUGGUUCAUCAACAUGGAGUUGAGAUUGCAAGUGCAAGCUUUUCUAGAGAUGGCAACUCAUCUAUCCAAGUUCUCCACGAUAAGGUCGGGCAUCCGAAACCGGGGUUUGAUGGGGCGACGAUCGCGAGAAAGAUGAAGGAGUUGGUAUGCAAAGGGAUGAAUCCAUCAAGCAGUGAAGUAGUUGAAUCAGAAAUGAAUUUGUGGGAUUAUGGAAUUGAUUCUAAUUGGGGAUUUGAAAUUCCUGAGGUUUUGUUACCUGGCUUGCAGGAAUUUAUGGUCACAAUGGAGAAAUUUAAAUGUGACAAUCAAAUUUCUGUGUAACUAUAUAGUAUGUGUGGAGAGUGGAAUAAAUGCAGUUUUUGUGUUUUGA